AUGCAAAGGCUGCUCGCUCGCAGGCUCUCCGUCUUAGCCAUGGCCGGCACCGGUUCUUCCGCCAGCGCGCUGCCGCAGCUGGAGCGCUUCGAGAGGGCGCUCUCGUCGGUCGACAUCGCCGUCGAGCCGAGGGUGCAGCUCGUGCCGCCGGCUGUCGGUGGCGGUGAGUGGCCCUUGCCGCUGGACGAGUCGGUCGCCGUGCUCGACUCGUCCUUCAACCCGCCGACGUGCGCGCACGUCCACCUGCUCCGCUCCGCCGCCGCUCGCUUCGGCGUCCGCCGGCGGAUGCUGCUCCUCGCAAAGCAGAAUGCGGACAAGCCGGUUGUUGGCGCGAGCCUGCCUCACCGGCUGCAGAUGAUGGAGCUGCUCGCGCGCGAGGAGGUGGAGGGCAGCACGGUCUGCGGCGUGACGGCGCACCCGCUCUUUGUCGACAAGGCGCGCGCCCUCCGCGCGCUGUGCGGACCGGACGCCACCAUCUUUCUGCUGGUCGGGUACGACACGUGGGAGCGUGUGGUCGACCCUAAGUACUACCCGGAGGGGCGGAGGGACGACGCGCUGCGCUCCCUCUUCGGCACGGUGGUUGUCACCUCGCGCGACUCGGCGAGCGCGUCGACGAUGGCCCCCGGCCUCAGCGCCGAAGGGCAGGCGAGCCGCGAGGGAAGCUGGCCCCGUGAGAGAGCCGCGGCUGCGGUGAGGAGCGGGCUGCCCGCCGAGGUGACGCACGGGCGGCUCCACUUCAUGCCAAACGACGAGGCCCUCGCCGCCGUCUCGUCGAGCGCCGCGCGCGGAGCCCUCGCCGGCGACGAUCCGGCCGCCGCUGCAGAGGUGCUCCCCGAUUGCAUACGCGCGUACGCAAAGGAGCACGGCUUGUACGAGUAG